AUGGCCCAGGGCACUAAGCGUGCCCAGGGACCAGGUUCUGUUCAGCCUCGUCCCCAGCAAAAGCGCACCCGAGUCAUCUACGAUGAUGACUUUGACGAUGAAGAGCUUGGAAGCGAUCGUGGGCGCCAGCACGACUCCCGGUAUGGCUACGAUGCCCGAAACAGCCGAGGUGCUGGGCCCAGGCAGGAAUCGUCUGAUGACUUUGACGAGCCCGUGGAAAAUGAGGACGAGAAUCAAGAAGUUGAAGAAAUUGUCGAGGUCAUCAUGACCGACCGCUCUCCAUUGGGCAAGCUCAUUCGGGCCAUACGAGCGUCGGUGCCGACUGCAGAAGAAAAACUCAUGCUCAAGCCGUGGAAGCAGGCUGCGCGGUUUGUCCCACGGUGCAUGGGCCCCUUUGUGAACCUCUUCAACGUGAUCAUAUGUGGUGUUCACUUCCAUGGCCUCUCGCCUGAGGAAUGGGACACGACCCAUUUCAAGAAACUCAAUGUGAGCGACAUUCCGAAGAAUCUUCAACACUACAAGAUGCUCCUUGAUCUCAUCCCGGGGCUUGACGAGACACUCCAGCAGUCGCGUGGCAAUGAGACAAUUGUCGGCUAUGUUGCUCAUUUUUGCGAGAAACACAAGAAACAAGCUCGAUCGGACGACGGUACCAAGGUCAAGAACUGCAUUCUGUCAUUCCUGCCGAAGAACGUGGAGGAUAUCCCGAGCAUUGAGCAAGACCAUGAGAAACACACCCGAGGCUUCCAUCACUUGGCGACGGCGCGCCUGCUCUGCCCGAUCGCACUGCGCGGGCAGUUUGCCACCAAUCCACAGCAGUUCUGCGACAACACCUUCGAGGGCGGGGUGGAAAUCACAGCAGGCCAUUUCCCCGCGUUACUAUACCGCGAAGAAGGCUACUGGGCCGAAACACCUGAGGUCGACUGCCUAAAGUCACCUGUACUGUCGUCGGUCUACCGCGCGAUCAUGACCGGGCCAAAGACUGCGAAGGCCCCGCUUGCCCAAUCGUCCAAGUUGCGAUCGGGCCCUGGGAGGAAGUCCGUUGCCAAGGUUUACGACGUAUCAGUCUGCACUCCAGAGACCAUCGCAUAUGUCGCAACUCUAUCUCGCUUUGGGAUUGAUUCGCAACUGGAGUGGUGCGAGAAUGAUGGCGAGUUCGUGUAUCGUACGUUCUACGAGAACAUACUCGGUCUCUUCGAAGACGAGACCUGGGCAAGUGAGGUGGUACUCUGGUAUAACGAGGAGGUCUUUGGUGCAGGUCAUCAGGACAACACGAAUCGCCUGAUGGCCGGCCCAUCGACAAUGGAGCUGAUUGCGGCGAGGCGACGGAAUGCAGCGACCACAGGACCCCCCCGUCCACAAUCCCCGGCGCGACAGCCUGCGGGCGAAGCCACUAGCAACGCCCCCGUGAACAACGGAGCUACAGAGGCUGGAACCCCCGGUGAUACUCCGGAUGGUGCCAGUGACGCGACUGGCUCUGGUGCCAAUGCUGGGUCUGGGAGCCCUGAUGCCGAGGAACGCCCUGCGCCAGCUUGA